CUUCGUCUUGCUAGCUUGACUCCGCUAACUGUCAACAUUUGUAACGGCGGAGCCUCCGAGCUGUCACAACACGCGUCAGUCCGUCUCUCUGCCAGCAGAGCCACUCAGCUCCAGUUCACGCACCGGAGAUCCGUUACUUAUAAUAUAGUUUGUAUUUUGGAGGACUUUGUCGGAGUUUACCGGAGUGGAGACGUUUGUCUAAACGGAGGGCUGAAGAGAGGAUUAUCGUUUCCCGACAGAGAACUUGACAGUUAACCGCCUGGCUGUUGGUUGUUGGUUGUCGUGGUGUGCGACAGACCUCCUCACAACAUAACGAGUCAUGUCUCGUAGGAGUUCUCGCCUGGUGUCCGGCGGCUACUAUAAUUCAGACGACGAAUCUGAUUCAAGUAGCGUGACAAACAUUUCCUAUCGUGAAAACCCCGUCAAGGUUUUCAAGAAGAAGGCUGGGGCCCGGAAGGCUGGCUCUCGUACCCCCAGCAGAGCCAAUAGCAAUGCCAGUUCUCCCAGCAACGAGACACCAAUCACUUCAGGUCUGACUCCCUCUCCCUUGAGCAGUCAGACCCAGACGACCAUGAGGACAGUACCUUACCUUCCCACUGUGGCCACCCCUCGGCCUGCUCUGACCCCGUCAUCCAGCCGGAGCCAGACGCCCACACUUGGCCCCUCGGUCCCUCCAGAGAAGUGCCCCGUCGCUGGGCCCUGCAGCUCCAGCAGAUCAGUAUUACACCACAGACCCAAUUACAAAGAGCCGACUCAGAGCAGCGUGGACAGCUCGGGGUACUCGUCCUCUGAGGGCCCUCAGAGGAAGCCGACGGCCGCCAGUACCGAUAGGAUCCAUGGUAACAGUGUCGCUCCCGGUGCUGGAUACAGAAGCAGAAUGAGCAGUGCCUUCUCUAGCCUGAUGAACUCAGUUUCAUUGAUGGCCGCCGCAGCACAGUCAAAAAUAGCUAAUACUUCAUUGAGCAGUCACAUGAAGAAAGCCUGUGUUCUGUUUCUCCUCCUCCUCUUCUUACUUCUGUGUGUUUGGUUCCUCCUUCCUUUGUUGACCUCACUCUUCUCCCGCAUGACUGUCAAAAAGACCCCGUCACAGAGUCAACCAGUUAUCCCUGCCACUCCUCCUAAACUCAACAUCAUGCAUCCUGCACCUGUGGUGGAUCCAGCUGUUGUGUCUGCUGCUGUAGAAGCAAAGAUGCAGCACGUUAUGGCGGAGCUGCAGCUGAAACAGCAGGAGCUGCAGCUGAGGCAGGAUCACCUUCUCACUCAGAUGAAGGAGGGACUGCAGCUGGAGAUGCAGGACAUGAAAGCCCGGCUCGAGGUUGUGGACUCGGACAGUCGUUUGCGCCUGGAGCAGGAGCUGGCCGGUUUUGACAGACAGCUGGUGGACUACCAGACAGACAGCCACUCUGCUGCUGCCAGCCUCAGCCUCAGGAUCCAAGCUUUAGAGGCCCAGAAUGCUAAGCUGUCCCAGGAGUGGUCUUCCUUCCAGCUGAGGCCUCCUCCAACCCCCUGUCCUGAUACGAGCAACACCCCCGACCACAACCAUCUCACCCCAGAGCUCCAGCAGGCCAUGGAGAAGUGGCUCUCUGACCGUAUCAGGGAGCAGGAUGCGAUCAGGCUGGCCGACAAAGGAAGCUGCUCAGACUGUGGUCGUCCCAUGGCGGACAAAAUGGCCGACUUUGCACUGGAGACUCAAGGUGCCAGUGUGAUCAGUACCAGGUGUUCAGAGACAUAUCGGAUUCGCUCAGCAUGUGUGACCCUGUUUGGAUUCCCUCUGUGGUACCCUUCUGAAAGCCCACGCACUGUUAUCCAGGGCUACCCGUUGCUGCUCCCAGGGAAAUGCUGGGCGUUUCACGGCGUCCAGGGGACUCUUGUGAUCUCUCUGUCUCACCCCAUCACGAUAACUCAUGUGACGCUGGACCACCUGCCGCGCUACAACUCCCCCACCGGCCGCAUUGACUCUGCCCCCAAAGACUUUGAAGUCUAUGGGAUGAAAGAUGACACAGAAGAAGGAACACUGCUGGGCACAUUCACUUACGAUGAAAAUGGAGAGUCAACGCAGACCUUUAAGCUGCCGAAGCCCAGUGACAUGGUGUAUCGAUUCGUGGAGCUGCGUGUCCUCAGUAACUGGGGUCAUGUGGAAUAUACGUGUCUUUACCGCUUCCGUGUGCAUGGACGAAUGUCCUCCACAUGAGACAAGAGACGCACUGACUGCAACGUAACGACUCUUUCCGCCAUAUCAGAACGUUUAUCAGCAGUGGACACUAUAUAAAGUGAAAACUCUUAUGUGGUGGUCUGAGGCGUGUUCAGGGCCAAAUGCUACUGAAAAAUGUUAAGUGUUGAGUCGUGUCACUCCUGUGUGACAGCUGGUGUGGUUGUGUUUGUGGAUUGCUUAAUGUUACAGUGACAGAAAUCAUAGAAGUUUUUGUGCACAAUUUAAGGUACACACUUGGAUUUGAAUCAAUGUACAGAAUGAAGUGUAAGAUAGGUGUCUAAAAACCAAAAAUCUAGCUGGUAAAACCACCCGGGAGCAUAAAGUUCUGGAAACUUUGUCCUUACAGUCACACGAGAGUUUCACAGAAUAAUUAUUAACUUGUGUUUUUAUUAAUUACUGCUUUUUGUCAGAUUGUUUCCACAUCCAUAGGUCAUAAGAUGGCAUUUCUUUGAGUUUGAAUGCUCUUUACUCUGACAAUUAAAAGAAAAGACAGUGUUUUUGAAUCAACUUUACUGACCCUGGUUGCAAGCCUGCACUCAUACACAAUGAAGUGACGUUAAUGAAGUUACAGACAUUUAUUUUUCAUUUAAUAUAUUUACGAUACAUCUAGUUUAUGAAGCUCCCACACACAUGAGUGUCUUGUUAUCUAAAACAGCUGUUACUCCACUUUUGAACAGGACGCUUGUGAUUUUUGGCUGUUGCUGACGUGACUGUUGGGAUGUACCAUCCUAUGAACUAUAGGUAGAAAUUCCAAAGAGUGCAGCAGUGAAUGUUAUUUAAAUCAGUGUUGUUUAUUAUUAGUGAGUUCAGUCUGACUUAAUAAUUCUUUCAAAAGAUCAAAUAUGCAGCUUUGUAAAGUUUUUCUCUUUGAGCAAAUUUGACCUUGUCAUCUUUGAUUUCAUAACCGGUACUUGAAAACUUGAAAAACCUCUUUUUGUAACCUCUUUGAAAGACGUCACGAUGACGUCAUGACAUCUGUGCUUCUAUUUUUUUUCUUGUACAUUACACUUCAGUUUUAUAUGAGCUCCACAGCCAGGAACGAAAAAAGUGUUAUUUAUUUGUAAAAUGAGAAUAUAAACUCAUGUUUCAUGUCUUUUUUUAUACUUUCCAACAUGCUAAACUCUGCAACCAUCAAGUUUACCAUUCAACAAAAAAGAUAGACUACCUGUUCAUUAGAGCUGGGUGAUAAAUAUUGAUAUUAAAUCUUUAUUGUGAUCUGAGACUGUACAUCAUCUUCGAGUUUGGACAUUGUUGUAUUGUGAAAUGGCUAUAGGUGUUUUCUUUUCCUGGUUUUAAAGGCAGCAUUACAGUAAAGUGAUUACACUUUUCUUUUUUUACUUACUGUGACUCUUCUUGCCUUAAUCCACUUAUUAUAGCCACAUUAUUCAUGAUUAAUAAUACAAAAUCUCAUUCUGUUAAUAUUUUCUGCAGUGACCAAAACUCAACCCUUCAAUUUUGUCGAUAUUGAAGGACUUAGUAAAAAAAUAUGGUGAUAUUUGAUUUGUCUCACAGUCCUCAAACUAUCAAGAUAUAUAUUGUUUUGCAAUGUUAUUUUGAGGCUGUGUUUCCCAGCCGCAGUGUUCAUAACAAAUAUCGUUUGGACUGCACGUGUCAUAACUGUGUGCAACGUGUCAUUCAGUCGUCUCUAAUGUAAUCAUUUGUUUUGUUUGUUGUACAGUACAGGUAGAGAAGGAGAUGGUGGAGAAAAUAUCAGAUACUUGUUCUUAUUAUGAAGUGCACUAGAGGUGAAUUCAGGUCAAAUCAAUAAUUUUUUGCUCUUUACCUCCGUUGAAUAUGUCCGAGUCUUAAAGAGAACUGAGGAAAAGAAGAGUUAGAGAAGCUUUUUUACAACACAUACACACAUUAGUGAAGAUUAGAUUAUAUUUUUAACUUUUUUGUGUGGUGUGGGGUGGAUAUAAAUUAUUUUGAUAUGAUUUGUGAAGGGUGUUUACAUUUAUAAUCUUGAUGUACUGCUUUUUUUUUGUAUUUAAACUGAUGAUAAUUAUAGGUAAUGCAAGGACUUUGAAUAUGUUUCUCUUCAUUUCUCACCUUUAUUUAAUACGUCAAAUGCAAACAUGAUUGGCUUUUUAGAGACCGACGAUGCCAAAUGUGUGUGAUUAUACACAGUGUGAUGUACAUUGUCAAAGAGGAGGAAGUUGUUUUCACAUUAGAAAGCUGCUGAACAGCCUGUACAGUCCGGAUGCUUCUACGUGUAUCUUGGUGUUGACUUGCUCUUUCCUGAAAACACAUCGCAGACAGAGUGUUUCUUUUGGAUUCUUGUUAUUGUAAAGCUCAUGAAGAAACACAGAGAACAAUUUAUAAGGGUUAAUUAUGAAGAGAUUCUUGAUUUAAAGACAGCCUGAAACAAUGAAUUCAGACUUUUAUCACCAUGUUCACAAUUGUUUUCUCUUCAUUAAACAGACUCGUGUGUCAGACACUCCCCGAGCUGUCCUCCAGAGUAUUCUGACACUCAAUGCCUAAUUGUAAAGCCAAAGUUUGUCUGAUUAAUUGAAUAAAACAUUGGAAUAUA